AUCCGUCGCACCACUGUGACCCGUUUUGCAACCUGAUCAUGCUAGUGUGAGGCAACAAGAGCCAGGAACAUGGUUACAAUACCGAGACUCUCGAUGAGGAGGCGCGGCAGUUCAGAUGCAACGCAGGAAGAGCAGUUACCCUUCACCAAUGACCAAGUCAGCGAUGCAGAUUUUUCUGGUCCCAACACCCUUCCUCGAUCACGUCCCGUCCGAGCAGCUUCUACAGCGUCCAACACCUUUCUCUCGAGCUCGUAUACACAGCGCGCCCCUCCGCGAUCCUUUGCCCAUCAUGCAUCCCAGCAUUCCGCAGAACCGCCUCAAUACUCGUCGCAGGGCGUGCGCGAACGAACCGAGGAGCUGGCAUCGUAUGCGUUAGAUUCGCACACAUAUACAGACCCGGGUCGCAGAAUCAGCUUCGUCGGCUCCGACACAGCCUCCACCAGACACGGCGCUUUGGUCUCCGAGGGCACACCUGAACCGGGACCGAGGGCAUCCCUGGACACUGAGAAUACGGAUGCCUUCGAGGAGGAGAGUGAGCCGGAAUCAGCCGAUACUUUGGUACACCCGUACCCUGCGCCGGACGAGUCAACUGGAGCUGCACGGCCAAGCGUGAGAGUGACUUUGCCCUCAAACGUCCCUAAGGUGGUCGUAGAAGAUACGGAAACCACCCCGUUGCUUCCCAGGGCACGUCUAACUCGAGCAAGGAGCCGAGACCAGGGUUGGGAAUCUGCACCAAAUAGAAGGAGCUCAGGUCGUGGAGCCUCCACGAGACAAAAGUAUGAAAGCAAAAUCGCCCAUGCCACUGCGGCAGCCCGACACCGCUUCGCGCGUGUGGGACGCGCUCUCACGAACCCUAAGAACUACACCAAAGAUGCGGCUAUUGCGGCCACUCUGACAAGUCUGCAGGUGACGUCUGCGGUCUUCUUAGGCCUCCUCCUCAACAUUCUGGAUGCCCUCUCAUACGGAUAUAUACUCUUUCCCCUUGGAACCCAGAUGUUCAGCCAGACCGGUCCAGAUGGCAUUUCCAUAUUCUUCGUCAGUUGCGUUGUGUCGCAGCUCUGCUAUUCGCUUGGACUAUCGAUGUUUAGAGGUGGCGUCGGCUCCGAAAUGAUUGAAGUGGUUCCCUUCUUCCACAAGAUGGCCUACUCGAUCAUGGGCAAAAUGAGCGGGAGGAGUGACGACGCUAUAAUGGCCACCGUCAUUGUCUCCUACUGCUUGAGCUCUAUCAUCACUGGACUCAUUUUUCUCUUCCUCGGCGGCUUCAAGCUCGGCAAUCUCGUCAGUUUCUUCCCUAGGCAUAUUCUCAUUGGCUGCAUAGGAGGAGUGGGAUUCUUCUUGGUUGUGACCGGCAUCGAAGUUUCCGCUCGCCUUGAAGGGAACCUGAAUUACGACCUGGACACGCUGCGCAAAUUGUUCGCCUCCGAUACAAUUUAUCUCUGGGUUCUGCCCCUCGUCCUUGCUAUCACAGUGCUCAUCAUCCGUCGGCUUAACAAAAGUCCCUUUGUGUUGCCCGCCUUCUUUAUAGCGGUAUUUGUCGUCUUCUACAUUGUCGUCAAGCUCAUUUUGAGGUCGGAUUUGGAACCCCUACGACAAGCAGGGUGGAUUUUCGAGAAGCCUCAAUCUGGCGUUCCGUUUUAUAGAUUCUAUUCAUACUUUAAAUUCAAGAGCGUAGACUAUUCCGCGCUUCUUUCCACCCUUCCCACCAUGUUCGCCUUGUCGUUCUUCGGCAUAAUUCAUGUCCCUAUCAACGUCCCAGCCCUUGCGGCUGCCGCGAAGGAAGAUAACGUCGAUGUCAACAGGGAACUGAUUGCCCACGGAGUGUCUAACACCUUGUCAGGCUGUGUCGGCAGUAUCCAGAAUUACCUUGUCUACGCCAACAGCGUCAUGUUCAUGGAAAACGGCGGUGACAGCCGCGCGGCCGGAGUUCUCCUCGCUGCAGCAACAGCAGCCGUUUGGAUGGCCGGACCCGCCAUGAUCGGCUUCAUUCCCGUCUGCCUGGUCGGCGCCCUCAUCUUCCUCCUUGGCAUCGAACUGCUCGAAGAAGCUGUCUGGGACCCGCUAGGCAAGUGCCACAGACUGGAGUAUUUCACCAUCAUCGCCAUUGUGCUUAUUAUGGGCAUCUAUGACUUCGUUGUCGGCAUUUUCGCGGGCAUUGUGCUCGCCUGUCUCAGCUACGUUGUCCAGAGCUCUCGCACACCUGCCGUACGGGCUAGCUACAGCGGAGAAGUCGCUGAAUCGACCGUGCGACGACCGCGAGCUGAUCGCCGCUAUCUAAGCCGUGUGCGGAACCAGAUCCGGGUGAUCAAGCUGAGCGGCUUCCUCUUCUUCGGGACCAUUGUGUCGGUCGAGGCAUAUAUGCGGUCUCUAAUAGCAGAGGACAACGUGCAGAAACACCUCACGAGCUUUAUCAUUGUUGAUUUCAAACACGUUACCGACGCCGACUUUAGCAGCUCUGAGGGGUUUGUACGGAUCAACCGCAUCCUGGCGAGAAAGCAUGUCAAGUUGAUUGUGAGCGGAGUGUCAUUCUCGAGCAAAGUUGGCCAGGCCCUGCAUAACGUUGGCUUGUUUGAUGCAGAGAAAGGCGACAAUGAGUGUCCCCCGCCCCAGGUCUUUGAGGACUUGAACACGGCGCUCGAGGCGUGUGAGAACGAGCUCCUGGAGGCGUUCUACCUGCACUGCAGCCGCAGCAGUGCCACGGUCAACAAGCGGCAACCCACGCCUCCCAUGUCCAUCCAUGGAGAAACGACGCCGCGACCUGUCCGAUCCGAUGACGUCCACGAUGCUGCCGCCACAGCCGCAGACGCAGGAGCUACAACACGCUCCUCCUCCAGCCCCACCACCAGUGCCCUUCCCAUCAACCCCUUGGAUCCCAACUGGCAAUCCCCACGCCGCGGCGCGCAAUACCUUGCCGCCGCCACCACGAUGCGGGAGACCGCCGGCAGUGGGAUGCUCCAUCCUACCUCCCACUCCCCACCCGCCGAACCCCCAACUACACCCUCCCCCUCGCCCUCGACCCACCACGCACUACCAACAUCCACCUCGCCCUCAUCCGCAAAAUACAAGCACUUCUCGCAACCGCUCAAGAUCAUGCUGCAGACCUUCGAAGGCGUCUCGUCGCGCGGCAUCGACUUCUGGCACCGCGCGGCCCCGUACUUUGAGCGCCGCACCUAUCCCGCAGGUAAACUCGUCUACUCGCGCGGCGACGAGCCGGAUGGGUUUUAUAUCCUUGAGAGGGGCCGGUUUCGGGCAGAGUACGAGUUAUCCCCUUCUUCGUCGUCGUCGUCGUCGUCGUCGAACGACGCACACAUUGAUGUCCUGGGUAAAUCCCCCCACGUCGAUCAAGCGUGGGCAGGCGCGAGCCGGUUCUACGAGGUCAUCCUCCCCGGCACGACGUGCGGGGAACUUCCCUUCUUCAGCGAGACGGGGCGCACGGGGACCGUGGUGGCGGAGGGGGAUAGUGGGCGGAAUGAUAAUAAUAAUCAUGGGAGAGGGAGAGGAGGAGGAGCGGGAACGGGAGCGGGAGUGGGUGUGGGAAUCGGUGGCGAGUGCGUCGCUUGGUGUCUUACGCGCGAGGCGUGGGCGAGGUUGGAGAGGGAGGAACCCGAGGUUGGGAGGGAGUUGGUGCGCGUCGGGCUGAGGUUGACUAAGGAGCGGUUGGAUGCUAUCACGGGUUAUGUGCUCGUGGCUGCUUCGUGA